UCCAAAUACCACUAAUCUUGAUACCUCAAAAAUUUAUUUACAUAUCGUGGCAUAUAACAUGAAAAUCAAGUUGUUGAUCAAAAAUAAUCUAAAUGUCAUUUUAAUAUCAAAAUAUAGGUUCAUAUAUUUCAAUUAUAUUGAGAGAAAUGUCUGACGAAAGUAUUACAAAUAAAGAAGAUACCGAAAAUUUGCUUUACAUAGCAAAAAGAUUUCAAUUAGAUGAGGUUUCGUACGAGGAAGAUCAUGUCUAUAUACGAGAAUCCAUCGGUUCCGAUACAUCCUUACCAUCAUCCGUCGACAACAUUAGCGAAUCUACAAGGGAGUUAUUAAAUAGUGUCGGUAGUAAAUUGGGACCAGAAGUUUUCAAAGAUCCAAGAGUUAUGGCCAAAACAAAACCAUUCGAUCUAGAAUGGUGUUUUGGACUCAAUUCUAAAGUUCGAAUUGUAAAUUUAACUAGAAAAACACAACAUAUAAUAAUGUAUGCUUGCUCUCAUUAUCCAAUUAUAUACAAUUAUUGUGAUAAAAAGAUGAUACAUUUAGAAGGUCAUUCAAACAUUGUGACAUCCAUAACUUGUGAUGUCACUGGAAGAUGGGUAGUGACAUCAGCAUCUAAAAAUGGUUUCCUACAUAUAUGGGAUAUGGAUCAAGUGUUGGAAUCUGAAAAAAGAACCCCAGUGUACACGAUGUAUUCAAUAUACGGUCAUUAUAGCCUUAGCCUUGCUCGAAUUAGCCCCACCGGUAAAUACCUUAUAACAGUAGGAGCUGUUGGAUGUGAUACGUAUUCAGUAGAUCUGUGGUUAUGGACUUUAGGCAAAGACGUUCCAGAAGAUCAUUAUAGAAUACCUUGUUCUAACGGGACUCCAGUUCAAAUCUGUUAUAAUCCUGAUAUUGAAGAACAUAUUAUGAUCAUAUUCACAAAACAAAUUGUUCUCCUUGUUUGGAAUGCCGAAGAAAAUAAAUUUGUAUCACCGUGUAUACCCCAAAUAAUGCACAAAAAUAAAAUUGGACAUAUAACUGGUGGAACGUACGCGAAUAAAUGUCAUGAAUGUUAUGCUUCUAGUAGCAAAGGGUGCAUUAUGGUUUUCGGGAAUACUUUGUAUGCGAAACCGUUUGCAGAAGGUGAAAUCAAUAACGACAAACUAUUCAUAGAUUCCAUAAAAGUUUCGCCAGUUUCGUUGGAAUAUUGUACUUCGACUGAAGGAUUGGUGAUAACCGGAGACGCACGCGGAGAAAUAUAUUUUUUUAAUAAACGUAUAGAAAUUUUAUAUUGGAUUCGUGAUUUCAAUUUGGGACCAAUUGCUUCUAUAAGUUUUUGUUUGGAUGCAAAACUCCAAAUACAAGACCUAAACAAGUAUUAUGUUCUACCAACCAAAGAAGGAGGGGGAAUCUUCAACUGCGAUUUUAGAGAUAUGGUAGAAGAAUUGGAAGUUCUUUUUCAACAAGAUCUACCAACUGAUGCCACAAUUAAACGAGAACCAUUCAUUGUUCGAGAUUUUGUUGUCGCUACUGCGCAAUGUAAUAUUUAUGCAAUAGACGUUGUUAAGAAUACAUGUGUUCCACUUUUUCAUCUUGCUGAUGGUAGUGUAACUGCUAUUGACGUUCAUGAAGAGUCGAAUUAUCUGGUUAUUGCUUAUGAUAGUAAUAGAGUCAUUCUAAUGGAUUAUGAGGCAAAUCAGGUUAUCAGUCAAAUAAUACUCCCAAAUAUAGAAGAAGAACCGAAUUGUAUAUCUUGCAUAAAGUACAGCAAAGAAUCAUUUCAUUUAGUGUGCGGCAAAACAAAUGGAGAGAUUUGGAUAUUAGAACCAAUUUUAUUAAAACCAAAGAUAACGGAACCAAUUCAAAUUACGAAAAAUAAAAUUUUGAAGAUACAAUUUUCUCAUAUUCCAAUACAGUUUGCAUAUUACGACGACAAACGAACAGUAUGUCUUUUUUCAUAUAAUUACGUAACAAGUAAUUGGGAAUUCUGUGGGAAAAUAAGGGCACAUUACGAUGAUAUUACAGAUAUGAUGUUCUUACCCGGAAAGCCUUCAAAAUUGUGCACUAUAGCUAGAGAUCGUCAUUUAGUUCAAUAUAAUAAUUGCACGGAAAACGGCCCAUGCAAAGAAAUAAGUAUCGAAAGCUCGGAUAGGAUAGAACAAACUGCUGUGCCAAUGUGUUUCGUUCACUGGUUAUCCACCGUGGGGGAUAAACAGAUUGGUUAUAUCGUUAUAGCCGAUGAUCAGCACAAGAUGAAAAUUUAUUAUCAACAGACGAAAGUUCCCAAAUGUCUCGUUUUAGCUCCGGCAUUUGGCUGCUUCAAGUAUCAACACCUGCUCAAAAUGGAGAUACUUGCAAAUUGUGAGUCGAAAUAUAUGGUUUUUGGUACGCAAAAACAUUUUGGUCUACAAAUUUUACCUCCUGAUGGAAAUCCAUAUAAAUAUGUUGGGUAUCUCGCCCAUCCAGCAAAGUUGCACGAUUUUCGCGCAUCUCACGACGGAAAAUAUAUUUUCACGUGCGGAUCUAAUGACCAUUCCGUUCUCAAAUGGCGAGUAAAUGUAAACGCUGUAGAAGUAAUGAAACAUAUCGGUGGAAAAGAAUUAGAACCAUUUUACUGUUUACUAGAAGGCGGUUAUCAAGGUUGGCUCUUUCAUGAAAUAAAAGAUUUGUUUUAUUAUAUGCAAAUUUUACAACAAGAAAAUAUCGAUCUUCCUAGAAGAGUUACGGAUAGUAUCAGCGUUACCGAAAUACCGGAUUUAUUCAGAACUAUCGGUUUUUACCCUUCCGACUUUGAGUUAGAAAAUAUUAUGAUCGAUGUAAAAUAUAGAAACGUAGACGAUAGUAACACAACAAACGACGACAUCAAUUUCACAGAUUUUGUGAAAUUGUAUUGUAAUUACAAACCUGUGUACGGUUAUUCGAGUUUCGAUAUAGAAGAUGCCUUCAAUCGUAUCUGUUACGAUGAAGAUAGAGAUACUAUAAGCAGGGAUGAAUUUAUAGACCUUCUAACAGCAGGGGGAGAACCUUUAACUCGAACAGCCUGUUUCAAAUGUUUUAAAACAUUAAUGAGAGUGGAUACUACAGACGAAAAUUUCGACUUUUUACCAGAGGAAAUUAAUUUUCAUACGUUCUUCGAAGACAUCCUCGGCAUUGAAAUGCAUAGAGAGAGAGUACUAGAAGUUGAAUCUUCCGAAGAUGAUGAGGUUGCAAUGAUGACACCAAGUAAAGUGGCUCUAAAUGAAUAAAAAUCAUAAAUUGUGAUAUAAAAUAUAAUAAAAUUUAUUUUUAUGCAA